AACCUAACUUCAUUUCAGUUUUGUUAUCACAGAAGAGAAAGGGAAAGUGAAUUAAAUUUUGUCUCUUUUUAAGAAAUACAGGUUUUCGCAGAUCUUCUUCUUCACCAAGAUGGAUGUCCAACUGAUACAUAUGGGGAUUUUAUUAACAAUGCUUGUAAACUUAUUUAUGUUACCUUAUUUGGGCCUUUCAGCAAGUAAUAAUGAAGAAAGUGUUAUUAGAAUUGGACUUGUGAAGAGAAAGCUGGACUUAUUUGACAUAAAUAGAGAGAAAACUCUCAUGGCUUCUUCUUUGAGAAAUCAUUAUAAUGAGUAUAUGAAUAUGAAUUCUCAGCAUUUUGAAGGAAUGAUGAGCAUUGGCACUCCAUUCCGUGACUUAAAUGUCAUUUUUAACACUGGAAGUUCUCAUCUAUUUCUUUCUCGUCAUUCCAAUUCCAAGUAUAAGGCGGGAUAUUCAAAUACUUAUAGCAAGAAAGGUUUUUUCAGCAAGGACCAUGUUAGAUUUGGGGACAUGGUUGUUAAGAACCAGGACUUCACUUUUCUGGCUUCAAGAUUUGAUGGCAUUGUAGGACUUGGUUUUCAAGAUAUCUCAAUACAGAAUUCUACAGUUCCUAUCUGGAAAAACAUGGUCGAUCAAGGUCUCAUCAGUAAGCCCGUUUAUUCGUUUUGGUUGAACCAAAAUGCUGGAGAAAUCGUUUUUGGUGGCAUGGAUAGCAGUCAUUACAUGGGUACUCAUACUUAUGUUCCAGUCACAAAUCAAGAGCAUAAUUGGCAGUUUGCAAUGAACGAUGUUCUACUAAAUGGGAAAUCAACAGGUUUUUGUUCCAAUGGUUGCUCAGCCACUCUAGAUUCUUCUACCUCCUUAUUGGCAGGACCACGAGACGCGAUCGCACAAAUCAAUCGCGAGAUUGGAGGAGUACAGUUCAUCAAUCUAGUUUGCAAGUCUGUUGUCACACAAUAUGGAUUGACCAUUUUAGAUAUGCUGCAACAACAGGCUGACCCACAAAUUGUCUGCCCACAAAUUGGUUUAUGCACAUCAAUUUCUACAAAUGGUGAUGAAAGCAUCGGUAUUAAGAGCGUAGUCGAUGAUGCUACAUCAGGUCCAAACGUAAUGUGCACGGCUUGCCAAAUGAUCGUGGUUUUCGUUCAGAACCACAUUAGACAAAAUCAGACUGAGGAUCAAAUACUAACCUUCAUUGAUCAGUUAUGUGAAAGGCUGCCUAAUUCUAUGGAAGAAGAAUAUGAACUUGACUGCAAUUCUCUAUCGACAAUGCCCAAUGUCUCCUUCACAAUUGGCGAUAGAGAAUUUGAUCUCUCCCCUCACCAGGUUAAUAAUAAUAUUUGUUAUUUAAGUUUUACGGUUUAGAG